UAUAGACUCGGAUACAUGCGUCUAGAUGAUCGAGACUAAAUUGACAAAACGAAAACUCUUGAAAUUUACGUUAACAAAUGACAAUUCUACCACCAUUUAAAGUUUGUUUAAAUUUUGGACAAUGUGUUUGUUUUCAUUUGGCUAACGCUAAAAGUAAACGUUUAUAUACUGGGCAAGAAGUGCUGAAUUUUAUCGUGAAUGACAGUGAUUAUCCAAAGUUUGAAUUUGGUAUGUUUAACGGGAAUUCGGAUGACCGUUACAGUGAAAAGACAGUUUCCAAUCGUUCAUCUAUACCUACUACACAUGUUCAGGUAAAAACUUCAGGCAAGUACGCCCUGGCAUGGGUGCUGCCCAAGAUUGUCACACAGAACCCCGAGCCCAUCACGCGACACGUGCCGGAACUAGAAGCGGUCAUGGAGCCAUGUGGCGUAACCGAAUGCGUCAGUCUCCUCCAGGUGUUCGGAAUGAUCGCAAAAUCUAAACCUAAGGUGCUGGAGGGCCACGUUGCAGCGUUCUGUAACUACCUGACCGUGAGCACACUCGUGCCCCUCAUUCUCGCCAUGUUUGUUGACAUGGCAACUGCAAACCCCGCUGUGUUCAUCGACCAUGUGACCGCACUGAAACUGCUCGCCGAACAGCAGCCAGUGUUCAUACAUCAAAUUGUGAAGAUCGUUGGGGCUGUAGGCACUGUCUCAUUGCCACACGCCGUGAGGACAAUGGGUUAUCUGGUCAGCCUGUUGUCUGGUUUGUCAGACCAAGCCUCUCUUGUGGUCAUCCUGCAGGAGAUAAAGGCCCUGGGCUUGAUACACCACAGUCUAUUGGCUGACCACAUGCAGGAGAUCAGUCGCCUGUCCCAGAGCGGAUCUAGCAGUGUGCGAAUCCUUGUCCAUCAACUGAAGGAUGACAGUAAAAAGUACUCGGGUCAAAAGGAGAUGCGGUCCGUAUCCAGCCAGACGGAAGGGACAGUGACCAUUAUCACUGUUGGCAACCCAGCCUACCCCAGUAAUGUCGUUGGUGUGAGACAGCAACAACAGCAGCAGCAGCAACAACAACAAGUCUCACACAGCAACAGAUCCAGUCAGCUUAGUCUCACACCGUCAUCAAGAACGAGUAUCGCCAACUCGAGAUCACUGAGUGACCGACCAGUCAGCCCGACAUCAACCCUGGAUAGAGCAUCUUUAAACAGCGCACUCACACUGAACAGCAGCUCAGGACUUCCGCCUGAGCCACUUCGAGAUGGCGUGCAGCACUUCUGUGAGAAACACAUGGACACAAUCAGGAAGUUUAUCAGCAGUCUUUCCGCUAGGAUCCCCCUACCAGCCAAAUGCAGCAUUUUGGACGGCAGACAUAAGCGCUAUGUUCGUCUCAAUUUCCAGUGUGGAAUAAAGGGGACAAAUUGUUUAUAUGGGAAGCAGUUUUUCAUCCUAAACACCAAGCUUCCAAAGACCUGGAUCCAUCUCAUGUUCCUGGCUGUCCAGGCCCAGUCAGCCUCGGCGUUAAGCCAGCAGGAUUUAAGUGUGAGCAGCCUUAAACAUUGCUGGGAUGCACUCUACCCGGAGAAAGGAAACAGUGGCUAUAUCACACUUGUCACCUCAUCCUUCCCAUCAGCAAAGGACCAGGAUGCCUUGCUUCAGGAGCUCCAUGGUGACCGAUACUUUGAUGUGUUCGAGUUUAACGCCCCUCGCAAGUACUAGGCCUGCUUCAUGUGUAACCACCCGGAGAAAAUGUCUGAGCUGAUGCCUGAUGGAAGUCCAGUCAUUGCUGGUCAGUUGAAGGAGAAGAAAGGGCGCUGGAAGUUUCUGAAGCGGUGGAAGACCCGAUACUUCACUCUCUCCGGCAGCCAGAUAACCUACAGCAAAAGUGAUU